AUGGAUUCCUACGAUGGAGAGACUAACUACAUGCACCAGGAAGACGACUGGGACCGCGAUAUGCUCCUGGAUCCUGCAUGGGAGAAGCAGCAACGAAAGACAUUCACAGCAUGGUGCAACUCCCACUUGAGGAAAUCCGGAACACAGAUAGAGAACAUCGAGGAGGACUUUCGGGACGGACUCAAACUCAUGCUGCUGCUGGAAGUCAUCUCGGGCGAGCGCUUGGCUAAACCAGAACGAGGAAAGAUGAGAGUUCACAAGAUUUCAAAUGUAAACAAAGCCCUCAACUUCAUCGCUAGUAAAGGAGUCAAGCUGGUGUCCAUCGGUGCAGAAGAGAUUGUAGACGGUAACGCUAAAAUGACCUUGGGAAUGAUUUGGACCAUCAUCCUGCGCUUUGCCAUCCAAGACAUCUCUGUGGAAGAGACGUCAGCCAAAGAGGGUCUUCUGUUGUGGUGCCAGAGGAAGACUGCUCCGUACAAAAACGUCAACAUCCAGAACUUUCACAUCAGUUGGAAAGACGGUUUGGGCUUCUGCGCACUCAUUCACCGGCAUCGCCCUGAGCUCAUCGACUACGGAAAACUACGCAAGGACGAUCCAAUGACGAACUUGAACACAGCCUUCGAUGUUGCAGAAAAAUACCUGGACAUUCCCAAAAUGUUAGACGCAGAAGACAUUGUAGGCACAGCACGUCCGGACGAGAAAGCCAUCAUGACCUACGUGUCUAGUUUCUACCAUGCCUUCUCCGGGGCGCAGAAGGAGCCACUGUGCUUUCAGCAUGAUAUCAUUAGCACGUUGAGGCCCGAUGAGAAGGCCGUCAUGACCUAUGUGUCGUGUUACUACCACGCUUUCUCAGGCAAACAGAAGGCGGAGACAGCAGCCAACAGGAUCUGCAAAGUGCUGGCGGUGAACCAGGAGAACGAGCAGCUCAUGGAGGACUAUGAGAAACUGGCCAGUGAUUUGUUAGAGUGGAUUCGCCGCACCAUCCCCUGGUUGGAGAACCGCCUGCCUGAGAACACCAUGCAGGCCAUGCAGCAGAAACUGGAGGACUUCAGGGACUACAGACGCCUCCACAAACCUCCCAAAGUCCAGGAGAAGUGCCAACUGGAGAUCAACUUCAACACGCUACAGACCAAACUUCGGCUCAGCAACCGGCCUGCCUUCAUGCCUUCCGAGGGCAAGAUGGUGUCCGAUAUCAACAACGCCUGGGGCAAUCUGGAAGGGGCAGAGAAGGGCUAUGAGGAGUGGCUGCUCAACGAAAUCCGUAGAUUGGAGAGACUGGACCACCUGGCAGAGAAAUUCAGACAAAAGGCAGCCAUCCACGAAGCCUGGACUGAAGGUAAAGAGGAAAUGUUGCAGCAGAAGGACUUUGAAACAGCUUCUCUGUCGGAGAUCAAAGCCCUGCUUAAGAAACACGAGGCCUUUGAGAGUGACCUGGCAGCCCACCAGGACCGAGUGGAGCAGAUCGCCGCCAUCGCACAAGAGCUCAAUGAGUUGGAUUAUUACGACUCCCCGAGUGUGAACGCGCGCUGUCAGAAGAUCUGUGACCAGUGGGACGGUCUGGGCGGCAUGACUCAGAAGCGCAGUGAGGCCCUACAGAGAACAGAGAAACUACUGGAGACCAUUGACCAACUGUACCUGGAGUUUGCCAAAAGAGCUGCUCCUUUUAACAACUGGAUGGAGGGAGCCAUGGAAGACCUGCAGGACACCUUUAUAGUCCACACCAUCGAGGAGAUCAAGGGAUUAAGCACAGCCCAUGAGCAGUUCAAGGCUACACUUCCCGAAGCAGACAAAGAGCGAAUGGCCAUUUUGGGAAUUCAAAACGAGAUUGCGAAGAUCGUCCAAACUUACCACGUCAACAUCGCUGGAAGCAACCCAUACACCACUAUCAACCCUCAGGAGAUCAACGCCAAAUGGGACAAGGUCAAACAGCUGGUGCCACAGAGAGACCAGGCCCUGAUCGAGGAACACACCCGGCAACAGAACAACGAACGGCUGCGCGUACAGUUCGCCAACCAGGCGAACGUCAUCGGGCCCUGGAUACAGACCAAAAUGGGGGAGAUUGGCCGUAUCUCUAUUGAAAUGCACGGCACCCUAGAGGACCAGCUCACGAACCUACGGCAGUAUGAGAAGAGCAUCGUGAACUACAAACCAAAGAUCGAUCAGUUAGAGGUCGACCACCAGCUCAUCCAGGAAGCCCUCAUCUUUGACAACAAACAUACAAAGUACACCAUGGAGCACAUCCGCGUGGGCUGGGAGCAGCUCCUCACCACCAUCGCACGAACCAUCAACGAGAUCGAGAACCAGAUCCUGACGCGAGACGCCAAAGGAAUCAGCCAAGAGCAGCUCAACGAGUUCAGAGCCUCCUUCAACCACUUCGACAGGGACCACUCGGGCACUCUGGGCGCUGAGGAGUUCAAGGCCUGCCUGAUCAGUCUGGGCUUCGAUAUCGCCAACGAUGCACAGGGAGAGAAUGAGUUUGCGCGGAUCAUGAGCAUCGUGGACCCGAACCGCAUGGGCCUCGUCACGUUUCAGGCCUUCAUCGACUUCAUGUCCCGAGAGACGGCCGACACAGACACAGCCGACCAGGUCAUAGCCUCCUUCAAGAUCCUGGCUGGAGACAAGAACUACAUUCUGGAAGAUGAGCUUCGCCGUGAGCUUCCUCCUGACCAGGCAGAGUACUGCAUGGCCCGCAUGGCCCCGUACACCGGCCCUGACGGGGUCCCUGGGGCCCUGGAUUACAUGUCCUUCUCUACGGCUCUAUACGGGGAGAGUGAUCUUUGA